CGAACGCACAAUCAUCCCCAAGAGCAGACUUGAAACCAAUUCAAGAGAGACCUGGUCAACGGUGUUGUAAGAGUGUAUGAAGGAGAAACAUAUGGACAGUAGAAUCACCCAUCAAUAGGGCUAUAAAGACAUAAUUUUGUUAUUCAAAGGAUAGAAACAUAUGGACAGUGGAAUCACCCAUCAAUAGGGCUAUAAAGACAUAACUUUGUUAUUCAAAGGAUCCAAUUUGAGGUAAAGUUGUCAGAGAUGGGAAAUACAGGUGGAAAGAAAAGAGAAACUUGGUUGGCAGAGAAAGGACAUCAUGAAGCCGAGAUCUGCUAUGGAGGUGAAGCUGACUUACACAAGCACUAUACCGGCUGUAAGAAGAAUCCAGGUCAUGUCAACUUUAUACCUGUUAAUAAUUUUAACUUGGAUCAUCUCCCCUCACGUUACCGUGAGGUCAUCAUGUUGGAGCUAAUUAAAACUUUGUCUGCCCUAACGGUCCUGAUAAAGGUCAAGUACACCAGUCUAGAGAGACCAAAGUCUGUUCCAUGCUUCAGUGGUCAGUAUCCAUUUUAUAACACAAGAGGAAGUGACGUGUUGAGGACAGGGACGGGUAGGGUGCAUGAUGUGGUCAAGUACACAGAGAGUGACAACAAGGGCACUUGUCCAUGUGGCAAGUGUCAACACUCGGACACACCCAGCAAAGUGUGGGGGGAGGUUCGUGUGUUGACAGCCACACACGUGGUGUUUGAUGAGAGUGAGGCGAGACAGACCAGGUGUGUUGUAGGUUUUGAUGACAAUAAAAGUCCUGGGGUCAGUCUUUAUGGCUGGGGGGUGGGGAGGGCAGACAUUGAGGGAGACUGGUGUGAGUUUAAAUGUGUGACAUGUGACUUAGAGUUGGUUGAUGAACUGGACAAGAUGUGUCGGCACUUUGAUGAUCUACGUAGGAAAGUAAGGGGCAAAUACGGGAGAUUUGAUAAUGUGGACAAGUUGACCGUUAUAGUGUCACAUCCUCAUGGCUGUCAUAAACAGGUCUCUGUAGGACAAUGGACACACGAACAUGAGAGAUGGACAGGUUGGUUGAAGUACACGUACACAACAUGUACAUGUCCAGGCUCCAGUGGAGCGACUGUCUACAUACCGAUGUUAAACCUGACUCAACUGACACGUUUGGAUGAUGUUAAACCUGACACAGCUGACAAAAAGAAGAGCAAACAAAGUCAAACAGAAAGAAGAGCAAACAAAGUCAAACAGAAAGAUAAGCAAACAAAGUCAAACAGAAAGAUAAGCAAACAAAGUCAAACAGAAAGAAGAGCAAACAAAGUCAAACAGAAAGAUAAGCAAACAAAGUCAAACAGGAAGAUAAGCAAACAAAGUCAAACAGAAAGAAGAGCAAACAAAGUCAAACAGAAAGAUAAGCAAACAAAGUCAAACAGAAAGAUAAGCAAACAAAGUCAAACAGAAAGAUAA